AUGUUUUCGGCACGAAAUGCUGGCCUGCUGGCAUGUGCCUUCUCCACUGGAGCCCUUCUGGUUUGCCUCUUCUAUAUGCCAGCUUUAGUUGUGAAGAUUCAGAACAUCAACGAUCAGCUUCGAGUCGAUUCGGACGAGUUCCGCGUUAUCGCUGACAUGACAUGGACGGAGCUGUCAAAAGCUCGACUUAGCGAUGCAGGGAGGAUCAGGAGGCAGGUGAGGGUGGAAAGUGGGCCAUUACUUUUGGAAAAAAAUUCAUCAGCCUAUGGUGCACCUCCCCCACCACCAAAAAAGACCACCUAUACGUUGCCGACAUCAUACGUGAAGGAGGAUGCGUUUGUUGAAAGCGCCGUUGAAAAAUAUAAGCAAAAAACUUUAGACUGCGACGCUAACAACGCUUGCCCUCCAGGACCUCCUGGAGCUCCUGGAAAGCCAGGAAUGGAUGGUGAGCCAGGAGCACCUGGAAAACCUGGAGCCCCAGGACUUGCUGGCAUUGCUCCUCCCGUCACGAUUGACCCUCAACAAGGCUGCCGAGUUUGUCCACAUGGUCCUCGUGGACCACCAGGACCUCCUGGAGAGGCUGGACCAAUGGGACCGGAAGGAAUACCGGGAAAUCCUGGACGACAAGGAGAAGCUGGCCGCGAUGGAUAUCCUGGACAACCUGGAAUUCCUGGAGAGAGUGGUAAACCAGGAAAGGUUGGAGAGCCAGGAGUACCUGGUAGAGAAGGUGUUCGCGGUGCGAAG